GCCCAGAUUCAGCGGCGGCGGCGGCAGCUCACCCCCUGCCUCCCCGCCCCCGCCCGCUGCGCGCCAACGCAGACCCAGGCCGCAGGGCCCUCGGGACUUUUUCACCCAGUUUUCCUUUUCCUCUGAGUUUCAUGGUUGUUUAAGAAACUGGGUUUUGCGUUUGUGGUGUUUAACUAUACAGCCGACCGAAGGGCUCACGCCGGGGCUCAGGGGAAAAUGAAGGCACAACCGCGCGCUAGGGCAGCCCAGCAUCCUGAAGCCCAGGUCCUUGUAUCCUCCCGGAUACAAGCGGGAGGCACCCUUACCCCUAGGAGCCUCCUGGCGUUUAGGACGCGGGAGACGCCGCUUGGGACUUCGCUACUUGUCCCAGCCGUCUUUUCUCCCAAGCUUGUCCCCACUAUUCCUCUGGGGAAGGGGACGCAGUAGGGCGUGCGAAGAGAAUCCGUUUUGAGCCCAGAGAGCCGGCGGGCAGACCUAGACCCUGUCCUACAUCCUGCCCUGGGAGCCGCGCGGCCCCUGGUCAGGCAGCCUAACGCGCGAAGCACGAGCGCGAGAGGGUCCUGCUCCGGCCCGGGAUGCCCAGCGCCCCUGUUGCUCCCUGAACUAGACAAGACCUCGGAAGACCGCGGCGCCCGAAGAGCUUGUAGCUCGCACAUGAACCCGGCCCCCAUCGCCUUCACCCCGAGAGGAAGGCAGAUUCGUUUUGCCCAUACCUCCUAGCCCGCCUGGUCCCGCCCCCGGAUCGAGCCCAGAGCAGGAGCCGGAGGCGCUGCCCCGCCUCCCCGCCGGGCUCAGGUUUCGACCCCGGGAUUAUGUGAACUGAUUGGGGGGUUAAUGAGAGCAGCGUAGCAGGCAGCCAGCUCCCUCCCAGGCCCGCGCCCGCAGCCCGGCUCUGUGGCUACUGCCGGAGCAGCCUGCGCUUUCCUGCGUCCUCUAAACUGUUGGUUCUCCGCGGACUCCGGACACCGCGCGUUUCCCAGCCACCGCGCGCGAAUCCGGCUCGACUUCCCCAGGGUAAGGUUUUUGGUGAGCAGAACGGAAAGUGCUUUUUCCCGUGACUUGGUUUCCGAGGUUGGAUCUCCAUAGUCUGGAGUGUCUUGUCCCGAACCCUGCCUGUUACCUCUGCACUCGCGUCUCCAAACCAACGUUUCUCCUGCGUGGGGCACGAGUGAGCGCCGAUCAAGAUCGCUGGGAAGCGACUUCUCGGUGCAGGGAUCGGUCCUUUGCCACCUGCACACUACCUCCCUGCCUCCUUUCUUCGGCCUUUAAUGGCCCCAGGCCUUCUGCUGCUGUCCCCUCAACCUGGCUCUAAAGCCAGCCCGAGGUGUCGCGUCCCUGCCCCCUUUCACUGAAGUCUGUAACUGGCUCUUGGAGGGCUUGGCUCUUUGCCUCAACCUGGUCUGCGGCCAUCGACACAUCCCCUCGCCCUAAACUGAUCUGCGCUUCUACUCCUUCCUCCCCGUACUCAGGCAGGCAGUGAGUGGUUGAGUCGGGGUAACUGGCCCGUUGGGGACACCGGCUUUCCGAGAGUUUACCACAGCGAGUUUUGCUAGGGAAGGGGAGGGGCGUGGGCAGGACAGAAAGAAGAGGCCUGAGUGUGGGCCCGGGGAAGGGUUUCACUGAUGAGCUGUGGCGGCGGCGGGCUCGCGCCACCUGUCCGAGUGCCACCUGGUGAGCGUAGUGCAGGGGGGGGCAAGCCCCACCUCCCCCGGGCCUUCUUCCCUCCUCCCCGGCCCGAGCUCUCUCUCUGCUCGGCUGCCCAGUCCCGGGCCCCGGAGCGUGCUGACCCUGCGUUUCUACCCUGUUCUCCUCUCGCAGGUCUCCGCCUGGCUGGGGCUGAGCAAGAAUUCGGGUAACGGUGGGCUGACUGCGGCUUCAGGAACCCUUGGAACCGAGUGGGGAGCGCGCCCGACCACCAUGCCGCGUUCGUUCCUUGUCAAGAGCAAGAAGGCUCACAGUUACCACCAGCCGCGCUCCCCGGGACCCGACUAUUCUCUCCGCCUGGAAAAUGUGCUGGCGCCGGGCGGAGCAGACAGCACCUCGAGCGCAGGUGGGGCGAAGGCGGAGCCCCGGGGCCGUUUGUCCCCCGAGUCUCAGCUGACCGAGGCCCCUGACAGAGCCUCCGCGUCCCCUGGCAGCUGUGAGGGCAGCGUGUGCGAUCGGAGCUCCGAGUUUGAAGACUUCUGGAGGCCUCCGUCGCCCUCUGUGUCUCCAGGUAGGGACCCUUUGGGAGGCACGGACCCCGCGGUAAAGAAUGAACCCGCGCGACUUCGGGCACAGAAAGGAGCGAGGAUGAUGGGGCAGGCCGCGUGGAAGGGCAGUCUGAAGGCAGGCAGAGCCCUGGCGUUGGGGACUUCGGGGCAGGGUGGGGGCGGGGGGAAUGGCGGCCUAGAUGGUUGCAGUAGGGGUGCCACAUCUUUCUCUCCACAGGAACGGAGCUUUGACUGUAAGAUCUGUGGCAAGAGCUUCAAGAGGUCGUCUACGCUGUCCACACACCUGCUCAUCCACUCAGACACCCGGCCCUACCCCUGUCAGUACUGUGGCAAGAGGUUCCACCAGAAGUCGGACAUGAAGAAACACACCUUCAUCCACACGGGUGAGAAGCCCCACAAGUGCCAGGUGUGCGGCAAGGCGUUCAGCCAGAGCUCCAACCUCAUCACCCACAGCCGCAAGCACACAGGCUUCAAGCCCUUUGGCUGCGACCUGUGUGGGAAGGGCUUCCAGAGGAAGGUGGACCUCAGGCGGCACCGGGAGACACAGCACGGGCUCAAAUGAGCACCUGGCCACACGCACAGCUACACAACACUACGGAGGGCAGCCCCCACUUGCCACCAGCAGCUUCCGCAGAUCCCACCAGCGAGAUCCCCCUUCACCCUCCUCCCUGGAGCCGCCAGAGGGGAUGUUACCCUUUCAAAGCUCAGCCUGGAGUGGGAACCAAAUGACUCACUGCACUUUGGACACACCAAAUAGGCCUCUCCACUCCUGCAGUCUCAAAGUCGAGAGGAGAUCAGAUAAAACUUUGGGCCUUACAGCCCUUCCCACUCCCAGCCCUGUUCCACAGGCAGAUAGGGCGGUCCUUAAGCUUGCUUCCCUCCUUCUCUGACCUGCUCUACACAUGUGCAUGGAAGAGGAGGGACGACCAUUUGCAAGGCAGACAUGUGCUAAUGUUUCGUCUGGAAUGAAGAACAAGUGUUUUGCUUUUACUCUCCUGGGAAGCCUGUCGACCCCUUCCUGUUGGGUGCUGCCUACGAAGCUCGGAGGAAUCCUUUCUCCCGUUUGAAGACUGGUUCAGAAACUGACUUGGGGAAGGAGUGUCCUACUUUUGAAAUUACAAGAUCCACUGUCGUGCCUGCCCUAAGAAGGAGCAGAAGCACAGUGGACUUGGUGGUGAGAGGAGACUAGGGGUCCUCCCUGCAGGAGGCCUGGAGAGGCUUCCUCAGAGGCGGUGGAAGCAGAGUGAUGCCUUUGGACAUGAUGCAUCCAUUUACUUAGCAAAUGCUCCCGACCCCCAGUUACCGUGGUACUGUUCUGGGUACUGGGGAGCCAGAGGGUAAAGUCUUGGCCUUGGCCUCUGCCCUUCGAAAAGCUAACCGUCGCACCUGCAGGUAGCUGGGUCUGUUCUCUCUCUCCAGAGGAAUUCUAAGAAGACAAAAUAGAAUCUUGAAUUUCCCCUUCUCACCGUUUGGACUUUAUCAAGCGUAAUUGAAAAAUAGCUGAACAGAUAGUUCAAAGGUUCUCGUGUGUAUAUUCAGUUUUUUUAUUGUUAAACUGGUAUUUUUAAGAUGUCUAAGCUAACAGGCAUGUGAGAGUGAAGGCUCUGUCUUCAAUCUUUGAACCCUCCAUAUGUAAGAGACAAAAAGUGGUGUUUUUACUUUGUUGAAGUUUCUAAAUGUUUUUAAGCCUUCUGGAGUGCAUUAUGUUUGUUAAUACAUAUUUAUUAGAGUGAUGUUUUAAGUUAAUAAAGUAUUAAGACUCUUCCAUGUUGCUUUUCAUUUAGGCAGGGACUUUGGGAAAGACCUUUGUGUUCGUCUGCAGGGGGAGGUGGCACCGGAGGAGACUGGGGCGGAGUGUACGAGUAAAGAAGACACGCAGCGUCCAGAGGAGAGUGAACUCCGGUGCUCUGGUCUUCACGGGCCUUUUCGUUUCCUUCUGUGCCUUCUUCUCAGCAGGGAAGCGAGGGGUACA